AUGGAAUGGGUAGAGAUGCUACCACGAUGUGUGCGCAACAAUUUACAGUCUUUGUAUCUUGGUUACAAUAACUUAAAGGAGAAUUUAUCAGGAUGGCUUGAACAUAUGGAUAGUCUAACAGACAUAUAUCUCGGAUCAAACUUGCUCACUGGUUCAAUUCCUGCGGGAGUUUGGAAACUUCCUAAUUUAAUUUCUCUAGAUCUAUAUAAUAAUUCAUUGGAGGGUGUCAUAUCUGAUAUCGAACUUUCCUACCUAAGAAAAAUACAAUCUUUAGACCUGUCAUUGAAUACUCUCACUGUGCGAGUUCGCGAUGAUUGGAUUCCUCCUUUCCAAAUUAAAGAGAUUUUACUAGCCUCCUGCCAACUGGGUCCCAAUUUUCCAGCAUGGCUCAAAAGUCAAUCACGACUUGAAUUGCUGGAUUUGUCAAAAAACAAAAUUGCAGAUACUCUUCCUACAUGGUUUUGGAAUAUGUCUCAUUUUAUUUCUUAUGUACAUCUUUCCGAAAACCAAAUCAAAGGGAGAUUGCCAUUAUUGAUGGGCUCUACAAAGCUAUGGUACUUGAAUUUGAGCUCAAACCAAUUUGAAGGUCCGCUACCAUCUCUGCCACAUAAUCUUCUAAUCAUUGAUCUCUCCAAUAAUUUUUUCACUGGAGUACUUCCAAACAUUGUAUUGCCACAGAUAGAAUACUUAUUCUUGUCAAAUAAUGACAUUGGUGGUCGUAUACCAUCUGCUCUAUGUGAAUCAACUUUUUUGGUAGUUCUCGAUCUAUCAAACAACAACUUGUUAGGAGAAAUUCCUAAAUGUAUGGGGAAGUCACAAGAGCAGCUUUUUGUUAUAGAUGUGUCAACAAACAAUCUUGUUGGGAGUAUCCCUGACUCCCUUUGCUCGUCGAAAUAUAUUUCGCUGCUAAAAUUUAAUAGUAAUGGUUUCUCUGGAGAAUUUCCUUCGUUGCAAAAUUGCACAGGGUUGGUUAUCCUUGAUCUCGGAUAUAAUAAGUUUUCUGGAACAAUAUCAUUUUGGAUCGGGGAAAGUUUAACUCUUCUUAUGAUUCUUCAGUUACGUUCAAAUAUGUUUUCUGGCGGCAUUCCGGAGCAAAUUGCGCAACUUGGCUCUCUCCAAGUUUUGGAUCUUUCUAGCAAUAACUUAUCAGGACCAUUACCACGAUCCUUCGGUAAUUUCAGCUGGAAAGCUUUAAAACAAGGCAGAACAGAUAGAAUUAAUAAUAUCAGUGAAAGUUAUUCAGUUAGUCUGUCCUUGGAUAUUAAGGGAGAGGAACUUACAAUUUGGAGGAUACUCUAUCUAUUUGAGAGCAUAGAUCUUUCAGACAACAAUCUAAGUGGGGAGAUCCCGGAUGAGAUUACUUAUCUGCAUACACUACAAUAUUUAAACUUAUCUAGGAAUAAUUUGAUUGGACAUAUUCCAGAAAAAAUCGGUGAAAUGCAAUCACUGGAAUCUCUAGACCUUGCAAUGAAUAAGCUUUUCGGUGAUAUUCCUCAAAGUCUUUCGGCACUGACUUUUCUGAGCCACUUAAAUUUGUCGUAUAAUAAUCUCUCGGGAGUAAUUCCAACAGGAAAUCAGUUGCAGACCCUUGAGGAUCCAUCCAUUUACAUUGGCAAUCCGUAUCUCUGCGGGCCACCGAGUACGAGAAAUUGUUCCGCAAAUGAAAUAAAUUAUAAGGAUAAUGAAGGGCCUAAAGAUAAGUUUGAGUGGCUAUGGAUAUACUUUAGUGUUGUACUGGGAUAUCUAUCGGGUUUUGCAGUUUUUUGUGGUGUUUUGUUGCUCAAUAAUGCUUGGAGGAAUGCUCUUUUCUCUGUGAUUGAUAUUAUAUGUGACAAGCUUUGUAUUGUAACUAAAGUAACUUUGGCUAGAUUAAGACAAAGAUAUAGAAGAUGA